AUGCCUCAAGAUUUGCCCCCAUCUGGCGGCUAUGGGCCCGUUCAAUACAAGAGAAACCUUCCCGCGCGGGGAUUUAGACCGGGUGUUAUGCUGUUUGCGGUGGCGGGCGUGAUGACGUUUGGAUUCUGGAAGGUUGGGAAGGGAAUUCGGGAACAGAAUGAGCUUGCGCGCGAGAAGAUGUGGUCGAGGAUCCACCUCAUCCCUUUGUUGACUGCGGAGGAGGAUAGGGAUUUGGUUAGAAGGCAUUAUGCGGAUCAGGCAAGGGAGAAGGAGCUACUUGGCAGCCAGACGAGUCCUUAUAACUCGGACAGGUUCGUACGACCCACAUUCGCAGUCACGCCGAGUCAGAAAUCGAAAUAG